CGCUUUUGCUGCUUAGGACUCGCAUUUUAUAGCGCUCUGCGUCCGCUGGACCCGCAAAAUCGGUAACGAAACUCCUUUGCGCUGAAACCUCCUUUGCGCCUCUUAAUACGCUUUUCGGUAAUUUUUGCGAUCAAAAUUGUCCCGGCGCUUGCGGGAAUACAAUACUGCAUAAUUGAAAGCGCCUGCUUGAUCUUUUCUAAUCAUCAUGGCUUCCCAAAUCCGAACCGGUGAAGGUCGCCAAGUAUCUAUUGCAGAUAUGUUUGGGAUUUCAGCCAAAUCGCCCACAAAAACAAAUACAACGGACAAAGAAAUAGAUCAAAACAACAAUGUCGAUCCAAAUAAUUCCUCAACAACGUCAAGGAAGAGAAAAUUCUUGCCAGAGUGGCUGGAUAAAUUUUACUGGUUGCGAUUAGACAAAGUCAAAAACGAAAUGUUCUGUGCUACGUGCUCGCAAAUUAACAAAUCAAAUCCAUUUACUAGUGGUUGUACUAAUUUUCAAAUGUCUACCUUGACUAGACAUCAAUAUAGUAAGGAUCACUCCGAUUCUGUAAAAAAGUUGAAGUUACAGUCUGACUUUAAGAAAUCAUUGUCAAAUUCAACAAAUAAGUUUAAUGAGAUAUUUGACAAAUCUGAAGAAAAUCUAGUGAAGCAACUUCGUACUGUAUAUGUGAUGCCAAAGCGAAAUUUGCCAGGGGAUGUUUUUAGCAGUCUUAUGGAAUUGCAACAAUUGAAUGGUGUUGAAAUUGAUACAUAUUACACCAAGCCGGAGAUUGUUUCAGAAAUGGAGUGUUCCAUUUAUAAUGUCAUAGAGGACAAUAUGCUUAAUGACAUUAAAUCAAGUGAAUUCAUGGGUAUCAUGUUGGAUGAAACGUGUGAUAUAUCAAUUGAAAAAAAACUUGUAAUUUAUAUACGGUACAUAAAAGAUGGAAAGAUCAGAGUUUCAUAUGCUGGAAACCAGAGAGUCACAGACUGUACAGCCGAGGGUAUAAAAACUGCUCUGGUAGACUUUUUACGUAGUAAAGGUCUGAUGGUUGAUGAUGACCUGUUGAAGAUUAUGGGUCUUGGUACAGACGGGGCAGCUGUUAUGGUUGGAUGUAGAAAUAGUGUGGGCAUGAAACUUAAAGAGUACAACCGGAUGAUGACUCAGGUCCACUGCGUUGCUCAUCGCCUUAAUCUUGCGGCUUCUCAGGCAGGGAAAGGAAUACAGUAUAUGGAGGAAUACAGAACCUACAUUCAAACCUUGUACAGAUUUUAUGCUGAUUCUUCAGUCCGAUAUGAUAAACUCAAAGAUCUUCAACAAAUGCUUCAUGGAAAAGUAAAGCAGGUGCCCGAGGGCACUAGUGUCCGCUGGCUCUCUCUGGAAGCCGCUGUUAAAAUGAUUUACGAAUAUUUUGAUUCAAUUGUUAUGUCACUUGAAAGUGAUAUUGAUCUUACAGGCAAAGCCGCAGGCAUAUACAGAUUUGUUGGUUCAGCAAUGUUUUUAUUGUGCACAGCACUGUUGAUCGAUAUUCUAACAGUUAUAGGAAUACUCAACCUUACCUUUCAAAAAGAUCAUAUCAAUUUAUCAAAUAUAAGAAAAAAUGUGCAGACAACAUUAAAUUCCUUGGAGGGGAUGAACAUCACAUCAGAAACAGUUAGUAAAACUUUAGACGAUCUUGGUGGCUUACCGGUAAAUGGUGAGAAAUCCAGAUACAAGAAUGUUGACAUUUGUGACAAUCAACAAAUCAGGGAAAGAUUUUCAACAGUCAGGGAGAAAUUCAUAAAUAAUUUGAAAGACAAUAUCAAUGCUAGGUUCCCUGAAGAUCAUUUGAAUAUCUUGGAAUCUCUUGACAUUGUUUUCAAUCCUAAAAGAUAAUCUGAACAUGGAAGGGACUUACACAAUUAUGGCAAUGAACAACUGAACUUGAUUCUCGAACACUAUCAGCCUAUAGUAGAUCGUGAGAGGGCAAGAAAUCAGUUUUUAACCUUCAAGUAUUUAGCUUUGUCACACAGGUGUACCUUAAACUUUGAAGAAUUUGUAGAACUGCUUUUGAGAGACUAUAACCAUGUGUACCCUGAUCUUGUGAAAUUGGCAGGCAUUGCUCUUGUUAUCCCUGUAUCAAGUGCACCCUGUGAGAGGGGUUUUUCACAUCAGAAUGUUCUAAAAAAUAAGACCAGAAAUAGACUAAAUCC